AUGGGACUAUUAGACGAGGUUUUCCCGAAAAAGGAUUCGGGCAGAGUUCAACCCGCAAGGACUGCGCAAUCGAAAAGGACAUCGGAAAAAUCCACCAAAACAGCACCUGAAAAGUCUUCAUCGACACCAUCUACAGGCAAUACGUUUUUCGAUUCUCUAAAGAGGGUCCAAGGAGCUCUGUCGCCGAGCUCUAAAGCCAAAUCGGAUCCGAAGAGGACGCAACCGUUGCCCGAAGUCCCAAAGCGGGUUAAGGAGCGGGACAAAGAAAGGUCCAGGCCCAAGGAAAAGGAGAAGGAGAGGAGAAGCUGGUUCCGGAGCCCUUCCAGGAGCAGCCAGAAAAAAGAGAUAAAAUCGUCGACGAGUUCUCUCAAUACUCGCGGAAUCAACCAGAAAUUUGGGCAGCAGGAGGUCAGGAAAAGGAGGCCUGUUAGCGCUUUUCCCGAGGCGACUAAUAUUGUAUACAAAAGAGGACAAACUGCGAAAUUAGACGGACAAAAUUUGGGCGAUCUAUCCAGAGCUUCUUCGUUUACUAAUUUAGAUGCUGAUCCUAAAAACGGGAAAGGUGCCAGACCCAAGAAGACUUCCUCCAGAGAGAGAAUAGACAAACUCGCCGGAGAUGGAAGGAAAAUCGAUAAAAAAGGAAUUACUCGCAACAAUAACAAAUUAGAAACCGAAGAGAAUCAACAAUACUCCAUCGAAUCGCAUUCGGAGGAAGAAUUGUACCAUUUGAGAAGGCAACUGCAGGAGAUGGCGCAAGAAAAGACGAAUUUGGCUCUGCAGCUGGGCGAACAGAAAGGACAAUUGAACAUUAUGCAAAAGGAAAUACAAAAACUGAAGCCUUUUCAGGAGGAAUCGAACAUGCAACUGGAACAUUUGACGGAAGAAAAUACCGCUUUGAGGAACAGAUUAAGGGACGUGGCCCUUUCCCCGUUGUCCGACAACGAAAAGAGGCAGUUGCUCUUCGAUUCGCACCGCCACCACAGCUCAGCACCCGCUUCAAUUGCUACUAACAUAAUUGACGAUGGUAACGGAGGUGGUACAACAUGCACCACGCCGGAUUGGGACAAGCACUCCUCCGGUAACGUCAGCGAAGUCUCCGUCGCCUGUCUUCAAGAUAAAAUAAACCAGAUGCAAGAAACCCAUUACAGCACGAACGAGGAACUCCAAGCGACGGUCCAGGAGCUGACCGAUCUCCAACGGCAGUUCGCGGACCUGCAGCACGAGAACGAGCGCCUCAACGAGGAGAAAUCGCUGAUGUUCGACAGCCUCUGCUGCCAGACGGAGCGGCUGAACGACUCCCGAUCGGAGAUCGAAUCGCUGAAGCAGCUGCUCUACCAGGAGAAGGGCGAUUCGGAGCAAUUCGAGACGGCCGUCGAGCGCGAGCAGAAGCUGGUCGAUCUGCUCAAGUCCGCGCAGACCGAGCGCGAAGGUUUGAUGGUCAAAGUCGAGCAGCUGAACAACGAAUUGCAGGAGACCAAGAGCGGUAGCAUCCAAAAGGACGAACAAAUCGGCAACCUGAGAGAAAGAGUAAAGACUUUGGAGUGCACGUUGGACGCCAAGCACGCCGAACACAAAUUGCUGGACCAGGAGCUGGCCCAAGCGAAGGAUCAAUGCAGCGGCAAACAAAUCGAAAUCAACAGAUUAACCGAUCUUCUCGACAACGCUAGAACGAAGAUCAACGAAUUGGAACAAGACAGAACGUUGAGCGACAAGUCCGAAUUGGACGAAUUGUUGGACAACGCGCGAAAGGAGAAGGACAGCUUGGAAUCGGAGGUGGCCCAUUUGAAGGAGCUCCUCGCCAUCGGCAAGAACGAAAUCGAGAAACUGAAAGAGCAGGUGUCCGUGUUGCAGGAGGAAUGCAAAGUGACGCGGAACAACGCCAAGACCACGCAAUCCGAUCUCGAAUACAAGUGCGAGAAGCUCGUCAAAGACAAAACGGUGCUCAACGAGCAAUUGCAGAGCUUCCAGGAGGCCUUGAACGAACUACAGGUCCAGAGUCAGUGUCAGUUAGAAGACAAAAGGCAAUUAUCCACUGUGUUGUCUGAGACGCAGAGGAAUCUUCGGGAGGCCGAAAGGAAGAAUGUGAUGUUAGAAAACGAGCUGGAAGAAAUAAAGAAAGUCCACGCUCAAGAAAACGAAGAGUGGGAGAAAUUUCAGGACGAUCUUCUCACCACCGUUCGAGUGGCGAACGAUUUCAAGACUGAGACGCAACUGGAGCUGCAGCGCAUCAUACUGGAAAACAAAGCUUAUCUGGAUAGGGAGAAGCAAUUGAAAGCCGAAAUCGAGAAGUUGAAAGGUGGUUCUCUAAAAGCGGCCGAUAAAGAAAACAUGGAUCUUUUGUUCAAAAGACCCAGCAAAAGCCGCAAUAAACCCAAACCGGCGGCGGCGCUCGGCGGCAAAUCGGACAGGUCGCAGAGCCUCCCCCAGCCCGUCCCCGUCAAAAGACGCGAAAACAAACCCUCCAAAGCGAAGCGACUCAAAACCCUAUCGGUCGAAGAAGAAAUGCUGCUGUCGUCUUUAAACAACUACCACAAAGACAUCGACAACACGCUCCCCGACGAAUUUCUGACCGAAGAACAAAAGGUCAUCAGGAAGCUGAAAAUCAUCUACGAGGACGAUUUCCACAAAGUCAAACCCGUCGCUCCCAAACCCAAAGACCAGCUGGCCAUCAGCAAGCCGCUGUUAGACUCCGUCCUCACCAAUCCCAAGCUGAUGGCCAUACUAAAAAACCCGCGAGUCAAAACCGUCGAAGACAUGGCGAGUUUCGAGAAAGAAGCCCCGGAAAUCAGACGAUUGAUACAAGACAUCGACAGAUCGAAGAAAGGCAAAAGCGUCGAUUUGGCAUCGCCGAGCAAACCGGAGCACAGAAAACGAAUAUCUCUAAUCGGGAGAUCGAUGAGCUGCAAUUACGUGGACGAAAUCGACGAAAGAGAACAACACUUUAGGCUUUACAGAUCUACUGAAACCGAAGAUUUGACUAAAGCGAUACCCGUUAACGUGAAUAGGGAAUCAUCGAGUUUGGUGCCCAGCGAUUCCGCUUCGAAUUACAAGAGAUACAGCGAUUUCUCGCAGGUCGUGAACCAAGAACCCAACGUGUACAAAGAGAACGUGAAUUAUGCCACGUUGGAGCGCAUAGCGAGGUCCAUACCGGCCAACGCGCCCGAUUGCGCUCUCACCAACGAACAGAAAUUCGCUAGACAACUCCUCAAAUCUCUGGACGAGAGAAAGGAAACCCUGCGGAAAUGGGAGAAGGCCAAGAUAUUGCACAUAAGCGCUCCCACGUUGGAAUCGGUGUUGAAAAAUCCCAAAUUGAAGGAAAUCAUCUACGACUCGAGCAUGCCGGAGGUUCGCAGGAAAUCCGAGCCGCUGUCUCCUCCUGCCAUUCACAAGAAUCUGAAGCACAGCAAAAGCUACGACAACAUUAUGUUUAAUUUCGAUGAUGAGGCUAACAAGACGCCGGUGGAACGAGAGUCUAGUACGGAUUCUAAAUCGAGGACGAGCUUAAAGAGUCAAUUAUUGAAAGACGAGCUAGCUCAAUUGACUCGAACUGUAAUUACAGAAUAUAAUCAAAAUGACGAGGCGACUGAAAUUCCUGUAAAAACGAAACGCAAGAAUACUAAACGCCUCGAAUAUACCAACGACGAAGUCGAUUCUUUACUCUACAACGACACUCUAAACAAGAAAGAAAAAAUUCCAUUAGUCGCCGAAGAAGGCAAAGUCGAUUUGCUACAAGAAAAGAUCAGAAAAAAAACCAAAGCUAGCACCAAAAAUCAAGAAAUUGAACCAUCUCCAGAUGCAAUUCCUACAUCGACUGCACCAACAUCAAUCGACGAAACGAUCAAAAACUUCAACGAAAAAUUACAAACUAUACACGAUUUGAUCAAAGAGGAUCGAUCGCAAGAAAAAACCGAUGCGAUCGUCAUGCCGGAUUUGCUAUUGAUCGCGAACGGAGGCCAAUCCGACGAAUACGACCAAGAAACUCUAUUAAAACUGAACCGAAUCGGCGUGACUUCUCCUCUGAGCUACACAUUGGGAUAUAAAAGCGUAGUCGAGGAAAUCAAAAAACGAUUCUCCUGCCAGGAUAUUGAAGAUCUUGCAGAAGAUAAUAUUGAAAUGCGCCGACGCAGCAUCGAUCUCGAUAAGGAAAUGGAGGAUAUAAUAGAAAGCUAUCUAAAUACUAGAGUAUCUCAGCUCAUAAAGCAAAGCGAAGGGGAUUCGAGGCCUAGCGAGAUAUCCGCUUGCGAUGCUUUCGAUAAGAAAGUAUCCGAUAUUAUUGACGGUGCAUCGGGAAGUAACAAUACAUCCGAUUCUACCGAAAAACACAUCUCCCCAACAAAAAUAACAUUCACAGAUAACUCCUUCUACGAACUAAAAGACGGUUGCGUGAAGAACAUAAGAGCUGAUGAUAGUAUCGUUGAAAUAAUCGAAGCAUUUUUAGAUGACCAAAGAAAGGUAGCUGAAAGAUACAUUAAACUCGAAAAUAACGAAGUUAAUAUUAGCGAAAAAGAUAAAUUUACCAUGGAUAAUCAAGAAGUUGCAACUUUUUCGAAACCGUUAACUAUUGAUGAUUGGGAACUAAUCCGAAAUUGUGCCGAACAGAGAUACUCGAGACCGCUGUCCGAUCUAAAUGAAGACGAUUUGAAGUUUGUUCAAGAUAUAUCCAAACAAUAUGAAAAUGAUACAAACGAUACUAAAGUAGAUACAGCCGAUAAUCAAGAGGAUACAAACGAUACUAAAAAAGAUGCAAUCGAUAAUAAUGAAGAUGCAAAUGAGAGUCAAGAAGAUACAAACGAUAAUGAAGAAGAUACAAACGAUAAUAAAGAAGGUACAAACGAUAGUAAAGUAGAUGCAAAUGAUAAUAAAGAAGAUGCAAACCAUAAUAAAGAAAACAAAGGGUUGUAUAUCAGAGCAGAAAUUGCCCAAGUAGUUGAAGAACAGGAUGAGCCUGAUUCAAAUGUCGAAUAUCGCUGUAAUAUAGAAAUCGACAAAAAACCUGAAGAAGAAACGAAGAAGAGAUCGAGCGCCUUAUCGAAUAUGAGCGAAAAAGAACUCGAAUUAAUCGAAAAAAUAACCAAUGAGUAUAUGAUGGAAGUUCGUCAAGAAUUAGAACUUUCAACACAAAAUACCAAAGAUAUCUCAGUACAAAACACCGAAGAUGUUUCUUCAUCACCGAGAACUAUUGGUGAUGCUUCCACUGGUGUAGGUGAUUCAGAAUCGUUAAUAAAUACAACGAGCUCUUCAAGAAGUCGAGUGAGUUUAAGUGAUAUGAUCGAUAAAAGCAAAAAUAUUACAAAUAUAAUCGAUACCAGUGAUACAAACGUAGAUACAACAAUACCUGCACGAGCAUUGCACGUAAUAUUAUACAGAAACAACAGGCCCAACAGUGGAGAGUUCGUGAGCAGCUUAACCGAAGAGAAAAGUGAUAAAAAUAUGAACGAUACCAACAAAGAUUUCCGCGGAAAAUCCUCCAGCCAACAGCGAGAAACUCGCGUGAAAUCGUUCGCCCGGCACUUCGAGCUCCUCUCGCAGCAGAAGCAACCGCAGCGGGCGAGACGGCGCCCUGACGACGCGCCACCCACCGUCGCCAAACCGACGCCCUCGCCUCGCUCGAAAAAUCAAUCUACCGAUCCAACCGUCAACGUUGACAGUCGCCCGAACGUCAGGAACUAUGAAGUAGCGAGAAACAUGUCCGAAUAUGAAGAAAAUUUCAGUGUAAACGUCCACCGUAAAUUGAUCGAGCAGCCGGAGUCGACCGGCGCCAAGCGGAAGACCGAGGUGCCCGGCUUGCACGAAUCUCACCGUCUCUUGCGCGACGAGAAUGACUCGCCGUCGACGGACGACGACGACGACGACGACGACGCCGGCGGCGCGGAGGGCGCCAUCAAGAAGAGCGAGAAAUUCUUGGCCGGGCAAAUGCCCAUGCUGAGCGACGAAUAUUUGGAAUCUACCGCGCAGGGAUCGUUUUCGGUGAUCCAAGUGGCUGGUACGGCGGAGAAACUGGACCUCAGGAAGCAAUCGAAUCUAACCGUAGAACCGUCGAAUCUCAAUUUGUUCAAUUUGGACGAAUCCGCCGAGGAGACCUACAUAGACAUCAAGAGAUUGUCGGGCAAUUCGUACAUAAGAGUGGUGAACGCGGAUUGUUGCGACAACGACAGCCUGGAAUUGUCGGAUUCGAAGCCGAAAAUCGUGGAUUUCGUGCCGCUGGACGAGGCCACUAAACCCUAUUACAAGAACCACAACAUGCCCGAUUACGGUACGCUCGAACGGGAGAAGACGUACCAAAUUUUAAACGCCGGACAGGCCGAAGAAGUGGAACUUACCGGAGAUUAUUCUUCGAGCAAGAAGACGUGCCGAGAUUCGGAGAAGGUCGGCGUGAGCAAAGUGACGCUGAGUAAAAAGAAAUCCAAAGAUUUGUUUGAUACACCCGAUGAUGUGACGAGUACUGAAAGUACCGUUGCGAGAUUGGGCGUUCCGGAAGCCGAAGAGGAUCCGCGAAAGGUUGACGAAAUUUAA